AUGCAUUUGAUGUAUACAAUUGGACCUGAUGGGAAGCGCCAGUAUACUUUGAAGAAGGUGACGGACAGCGGGGUAAUGACGCGAUCCGCACACCCUGCUCGGUUUUCGCCUGAUGACAAGUUUUCUCGUCACCGCAUUACGAUCAAAAAACGCUAUGGUAUCUUGCCGACGCAGUCAACGCGUGUAGCAUAG